AUGGCGCGACUUGUGGCAGUGUGCAGGGACGGGGAGGAGGAGUUCCCUUUCGAGAGGAGGCAGAUUCCCCUCUACAUAGACGACACCCUCACGAUGGUGAUGGAAUUUCCUGACAAUGUGUUAAAUCUUGAUGGACAUCAGAAUAAUGGUGCACAACUAAAGCCGUUCAUUCAGCGACAUAGUAUGCUUAAGCAACAAGAUCUCAGUAUUGCCAUGGUGGUGACAUCACGCGAAGUGUUGAGUGCACUUUCUCAGCUUGUCCCAUGUGUUGGUUGUCGUCGUAGUGUGGAGCGCCUCUUCUCCCAACUUGUGGAAUCUGGAAAUCCUGCCCUUGAACCCCUGACAGUAGGGCCCAAGGGAGUCUUAUCUGUAACUCGAAGCUGCAUGACUGAUGCAAAGAAGCUUUAUACAUUAUUUUAUGUACAUGGGUCCAAACUAAAUGACAUGAUAGAUGCUAUUCCAAAAAGUAAGAAGAACAAGAGAUGUCAGUUGCACUCCUUAGAUACACACAAACCAAAACCUUUGGGAGGUUGUUGGAUGGAUGUAUGGGAACUAAUGUCCCAGGAAUGCAGGGAUGAAGUAGUUUUAAUCGACUCUAGUUGUCUUUUAGAAACACUAGAAACCUAUCUGCGAAAACACAGGUUUUGCACUGAUUGCAAAAAUAAAGUCCUCCGAGCAUACAAUAUCCUUAUUGGUGAACUUGAUUGCAGCAAAGAGAAGGGCUACUGUGCUGCACUUUACGAAGGCCUGCGGUGCUGCCCACAUGAACGGCACAUACAUGUUUGCUGUGAAACAGACUUUAUUGCACAUCUUUUGGGUCGUGCUGAGCCAGAGUUCGCAGGAGGGCGAAGAGAAAGGCAUGCUAAGACAAUAGACAUAGCUCAGGAAGAAGUUCUGACCUGCCUGGGAAUUCAUCUUUAUGAACGACUGCAUCGAAUCUGGCAGAAACUACGAGCAGAAGAGCAGACGUGGCAGAUGCUUUUCUAUCUUGGUGUUGAUGCUUUACGAAAGAGCUUUGAGAUGACUGUGGAAAAAGUACAGGGUAUAAGUCGAUUGGAACAACUUUGUGAAGAAUUUUCAGAGGAGGAACGAGUAAGAGAACUCAAGCAAGAAAAGAAACGCCAAAAACGGAAGAACAGACGAAAAAAUAAGUGUGUGUGUGAUAUUCCUGCUCCUUUACAAACAGCAGAUGAAAAGGAAGUAAGCCAAGAGAAGGAAACAGACUUCAUAGAAAAUAGCUGCAAAGCUUGUGGCAGCACUGAAGACGGCAGUAGUUGCGUAGAAGUAAUUGUUACCAAUGAGAACACAUCAUGCACCUGUCCUAGCAGUGGCAAUCUUUUGGGGUCCCCUAAAAUAAAGAAAGGCUUAUCUCCACACUGUAAUGGCAGUGAUUGUGGAUAUUCAUCUAGCAUGGAAGGGAGUGAAACAGGUUCACGGGAAGGUUCAGACGUAGCCUGCACUGAAGGCAUUUGUAAUCAUGAUGAACAUGUGGAUGACUCCUGUGUUCAUCACUGUGAAGACAAAGAGGAUGACGGUGAUAGUUGCGUUGAAUGUUGGGCAAAUUCUGAAGAGAACAACACAAAAGGAAAAAAUAAAAAGAAGAAAAAGAAAAGCAAGAUGUUGAAAUGUGAUGAACAUAUCCAAAAGCUUGGAAGCUGUAUUACAGAUCCAGGUAAUCGAGAGACCUCAGGAAACACCGUGCACACAGUGUUUCACCGUGACAAGACCAAAGAUGCACAUCCUGAAAGCUGUUGCAGCUCUGAAAAGGGCGGACAGCCACUGCCUUGGUUUGAGCAUAGGAAAACUGUACCACAGUUUGCAGAACCUACAGAAAUGUCGUUUGGUCCCGAUUCCGGAAAAGGUGCCAAGAGCUUAGUUGAACUCCUUGAUGAGUCUGAAUGUACUUCAGAUGAGGAAAUCUUUAUCUCACAAGAUGAAAUACAGUCAUUUAUGGCUAAUAACCAGUCUUUCUACAGCAAUAGAGAACAAUAUCGACAGCAUCUGAAGGAGAAAUUUAAUAAAUACUGCCGCUUAAAUGAUCACAAGAGGCCCAUUUGUAGUGGCUGGUUGACAACGGCUGGAGCAAAUUAA